AUGCACCGGCACCGGCACACAACGACGGCUCGUGGGGAACGGCUUUUGCACUUCGAGGCGGGCACAACAAUGCUGGAGUACGAUUUGGGCUCGCGGGAAAUGAAGGUCAUCAUCGAGGAGGCCAUGGGACGGCACAUCACAAAUCAAUCUAUGAUCCACCAGCUUGACAUGUUGAGAGACGCCAUGCACCAAGACUAUUAUGCACUUGAUGCCUUCAGGUACCAGCCUUACUAUGUAGAAGAGGAUGGCAAAGAUCAAGCUGUGAAUUACUUUAUCUCCGUAUCCAAGUCAUCUGAUACUCAAAUUGUCUUCUUUUUGGAUGGUCAGCAGGUGCUCCAAUCACUCCAACUUACAGAGAAUACAGAGUUUCAGAAACAUCAAAACUCACCUCGUGUUUUCCUGCCUCGUCUUCCUGAGCAGGAAGGGAGAACUCACAUGGAAGAUUUCCUUCCUACAGUCCUGCGAGAGCUGAUGACUCGACCCAUAAACUUCAUCAUCAACAAGUGCUUGAAGCGGCCCGCAAUGGCCAUGGAGGAUAGCCUACAAAGGGCUCUUCUCCGAGCACAGGUCAUCGAUGAGGAGGCCAUGGGACGGCACAUCACAAAUCAAGCCUUGAUCCAGCAGCUGGGCAUGCUGAGAGAUGCCAUGCACCGAGGCUAUUACGCACUCGAUGCCUUCAGGUACCAGCCUCACUACGGAGAGGAGGGCAAUGAUCCAGCUAUUAGGGGCUUUAUGUCCCUAUCCAAGGUACCCUCUCCAAAGGAUCCCUAUUUCUUCAGUCGAACUGCACAGUCCCAGGUGCAACUAGAAGAUGCACUUGACAGAUUGAGGUCCAUGAUGUUUGAUCUGAAUGAGUCAGUCAUUUUCAUGAUGAGCUACCCUCGUCUGUAUCGCCAACCUUGCAGCAUGCAUAUCCUACUUGGUAACUGCAUGUUUGGUCGCCAGAUGGAAGCAGAACUAGUUAUUAAAUUCCUGUUGCACACACACCCUCAUUGUUCUCAAGAUUUGGAGGUCAUGCCAAUUGUUGGUCCACCCAGAGUCGGCAAGAGUACCCUAGUCGCUCAUGUUUGCAAGGACGAAAGAGUCCGUGAUUAUUUCUCAGAAAUCUUGUGGUUGUGUGAGUUCGAUUUUACAAAUGAUGAGCUAGUUUGCAGACAAGGAUGUGUAAUGAACCAUCAAAAUUGUAUGCCAAACUCGAACAGAGGCAAGAGAUUUCUUGUUGUCAUUGAACUAUCUGGAAAUCUCAGCGAAGAGGCAUGGAAUAGGUUGUAUCUUGGUUCCAGAGGAAGCUUUUCUAGUGGUAGUAAAAUCAUAGUCGCAAGCCGUUCAAACAAGAUUGUAAAGUUUGGAACAACACCGGCUCUAACUCUGAAGUUUCUUUCCAAGGAGGCAUAUUGGUAUUUCUUCAAGACACUUACAUUUGGAUGCAUGGACCCUGAGAAGCACCCAAAUCUUGCACAACUUGCCAUGGAGAUAGCUAGAUUGCAGUAUGGUUCAUUCCAUGGUGCAUACAUCAUGUCUUAUUUGUUGAGGGACAAUUUUAACAUACACUUUUGGCGCAAGGUUUUGAGCUUCUUGAGAGGGGUCAUCCAGAAGCAUGUCUCUGAAUUCGGCGUGCAUCCGUUUGAUCUUCUGUAUCAAAACAGACCUGUACAGCAUGGAAGAAUGGCUACACCUUCCGAAGAUUUCAUGAUUUGUCAUCAGUAUCACCGUUCUCCACAAGAGGAGGUUCCGGAGAUAAGAAUCCAAGAUUUGUUGUUUGGAAGCAUUAAGAGACAUGGAAAAUUUGAGGUCCUAGUAUGGAGAUCCCAGCUGCCCCCCUACUACAGCUAUGUCAAUGCUUGUGAGAUUCGAAAGCGAAAAAUUACAGGUGUGAAGAGGAAGCACUCUACGAAAGAUGGAGCUACACUCUGUUAA